AUACGCGAAGGACAUCAACAAGUACAUCGGCCUCGCGUUGAACUCCAAGUACGACUUCUCAGCCCUCGCGGACGCCAUCAUCCUGCUCCCCAGCAACACGGAGGCCGAAGCCCUCGCUAAGAAGCUCCCCGCUAAGAGCAGUAACAUCCCCACAAUCUACAACAUUACCGCGUACCACAUCAUCCGGGGGAAAUUCACCGUUCCUCAGCUAAAAUCGCUCAAGAAGUCUCAGCCCGUUGGUACUCAAUUGAAGCAAGCCCUUUACAAG